AUGGCUUCAGAGCAGACAUCGACGGGGAAGCUGUAUGCGGCCCUCAUAUCCAGGCUGGAAAACGAUAAGGCGCAGCUGGAGAGGGAGAGGGACUUUCUGAAGAAGGAGCUGGCAAUCCAGACGUACCGGAACCGCAAGCUGGAAAAAGAGAUAGAGGAGCUGAAGAAACGGGACCGGAAACAAACUGUGUCAGCGCGGCUACCAAAACCACGAACCACAAAUGUGAGGAGGCCGCCUAUAGAGCUGGCGGACAGUGAUUCGGACUGUUCAGAGAGCACCACUGCUACGACCGACACCGAACUAGAACGAACACCGGCCCCCUCUCCAAAGCGGUCGCCUGAAAUGAGACCAGUAACAACGCCACAGAAUGUCAUGCCGUUGUGGAUGGCUCUUGCCGAAGAAACGAUACCCGAACGAGCAGGUUCAAGCCACGAGAUACCCGCACCCCAGCCUCCCCGAUUCGAGAAAGAUGAUGGCAAUGAGUAUGAUAAUGAUAUCAUCACAAACUUUACUUCCAAUUGGGAUCGUUGGAAUAGCAUAGCAGAGGUUCCUGAGCCCUUAUAUAUGAGGGGGAAGUUGGUGGAGCUGUCUGGAGGGAUACAAACAACCUUUACGAUCGACCGCAUGUUCAAGGUCAGGUUGAUCAGAGCAGAUGAUCCAAAACAUGAUAUAUCUCGGCUUAAAUUCUCUUUCAAAUAUGGGUGUAGACUUGAAUGUGUGUGUGGCUUGUGUAUGAGAAGUACGGAUUCAGUAAACAAGAGGCUUAAGAUCGUGGAUGAUGAGUUGCAUUUAGACGGGGAAACUGAAGGGGAUUGCGACACGUCUGCAGGGUUGAAAAUCGAAGCGGAUAAAGAUCUUGAGAAGAAAUAA